AUGAGCAGCGGGCCCCGGCACCCCGCCGCGGGCGCAGAUUCCUUCCGAACUCCUGAGCCAGAGGGCUUGGGCCCCGGGACGCCUGGGUUCCCGGAGCAGGAGGAGGAUGAGCUUCACCGGACCCUGGGCGUGGAGCGCUUUGAGGAGAUCCUGCAGGAGGCCGGGUCUCGAGGCGGGGAGGAGCCAGGCCGCAGCUACGGAGAGGAAGACUUUGAAUACCACCGCCAGUCCUCCCACCACAUCCACCACCCUCUGUCUACCCACCUGCCUCCGGACACGCGCCGCCGCAAGACACCCCAGGGCCCGGGACGGAAGCCUAGAAGGCGCCCUGGAGCCUCCCCCCCUGGGGAGACCCCUACCAUUGAGGAGGGGGAGGAAGACGAGGAUGAGACCAGCGAGGCCGAGGGAGUCCGGGCACCCGCCCAGCCGACCCCUGCCUCGACACCCUCGUCGGUGCAGUUCUUUCUGCAGGAGGAUGAAGGUGCUGACCGGAAGGCGGAAAGGACCAGCCCGUCGCCCCCGCCCCCGCCGCCCCACCAGGAGGCAGCUCCUCGGGCCACCAAAGGAGCCCUGGCGGGAGCCCCAGUGGAAGAGGUGGUGGCUGUGGCCAGUGGCACUGCCGGAGGUGACGAUGGGGGUGCCUCGGCGCGCCCCCUGACCAAAGCCCAGCCCGGGCACCGCAGCUACAACCUGCAGGAGAGGCGGCGCAUCGGGAGCAUGACGGGGGUGGAGCAGGCCCUGCUGCCCCGCGUCCCCACAGAUGAGAGCGAGGCCCAGACGCUGGCCACGGCCGACCUGGACCUCAUGAAGAGUCACCGGUUUGAGGACGUCCCUGGGGUGCGGCGGCACCUGGUGCGGAAGAACGCCAAAGGGCCCUUGCAGAGUGGCCGGGAGGGGCGCGAGCCUGGCCCCACGCCCCGGGCCCGGCCUCGGGCCCCCCACAAGCCCCACGAGGUGUUUGUGGAGCUGAAUGAGCUGCUGCUGGACAAAAACCAGGAGCCGCAAUGGCGGGAAACGGCGCGCUGGAUCAAGUUUGAGGAGGACGUGGAGGAGGAGACGGAGCGCUGGGGGAAGCCGCACGUGGCCUCGCUGUCCUUCCGCAGCCUCCUGGAGCUCCGCCGGACGCUGGCCCACGGGGCUGUGCUCUUGGACCUGGACCAGCAGACUCUGCCCGGAGUGGCCCACCAGGUGGUGGAGCAGAUGGUCAUCUCCGACCAGAUCAAAGCCGAGGACAGAGCCAACGUGCUGCGGGCCCUGCUGCUGAAACACAGCCACCCAAGUGACGAGAAGGACUUCUCCUUCCCCCGCAACAUCUCGGCCGGCUCCCUGGGCUCCCUGCUGGGGCACCACCAUGGCCAGGGGCCCGAGAGCGACCCGCAUGUCACCGAGCCUCUCAUUGGCGGUGUGCCCGAGACCCGGCUGGAGAUGGAGCGAGAGCGCGAGCUGCCACCGCCCGCACCCCCAGCCGGCAUCACCCGCUCAAAGUCCAAGCACGAGCUGAAGCUGCUGGAGAAGAUCCCCGAGAACGCAGAGGCCACGGUGGUGCUUGUGGGCUGCGUGGAGUUCCUGUCCCGCCCCACUAUGGCCUUCGUGCGGCUGCGGGAGGCGGUGGAGCUGGACGCGGUGCUGGAGGUGCCGGUGCCCGUGCGCUUCCUCUUCCUGCUGCUGGGCCCGAGCAGCGCCAACAUGGACUACCACGAGAUCGGCCGCUCCAUCUCCACGCUCAUGUCCGACAAGCAAUUCCAUGAGGCGGCCUACCUGGCCGACGAGCGGGAGGACCUGCUGACGGCCAUCAACGCCUUCCUGGACUGCAGUGUGGUGCUGCCGCCCUCCGAGGUGCAGGGCGAGGAGCUGCUGCGCUCCGUCGCGCACUUCCAGCGCCAGAUGCUCAAGAAGCGGGAGGAGCAGGGCCGCCUGCUGCCCACAGGGGCUGGGCUGGAGCCCAAGUCGGCCCAAGAUAAGGCGCUCCUGCAGAUGGUAGAGGCAGCAGGGGCAGUGGAAGACGAUGAUCCCCUGCGGCGGACGGGCCGGCCCUUCGGGGGGCUGAUCCGAGAUGUGCAGCGCCGCUACCCCCACUACCUGAGCGACUUUCGGGACGCCCUCGACCCCCAGUGCCUGGCCGCUGUCAUCUUCAUCUAUUUUGCCGCUCUGUCUCCUGCCAUCACUUUUGGGGGGCUGCUGGGAGAGAAGACGCAGGACCUAAUUGGGGUGUCAGAGCUAAUCAUGUCCACGGCGAUCCAGGGCGUGAUCUUCUGCCUGCUGGGCGCCCAGCCGCUGCUGGUGAUCGGCUUCUCGGGGCCCCUGCUGGUCUUCGAGGAGGCCUUCUUCUCGUUCUGCAACAGCAACAACCUGGAGUACCUGGUGGGCCGUGUGUGGAUCGGCUUCUGGCUGGUGCUCCUCGCCCUGCUGAUGGUGGCUCUGGAGGGCAGCUUCCUGGUGCGCUUCGUGUCCCGCUUCACCCAGGAGAUCUUCGCCUUCCUCAUCUCCCUCAUCUUCAUCUACGAGACCUUCUACAAGCUGGUUAAGAUCUUCCAGGAGCACCCCCUCCACGGUUGUUCAGCGGUCAACACCUCUGAGGUGGAGAGCGGCGGCGGCAGCAGCGAGAACACCACAUGGGCUGGGACCGAGGCCAUGCCCGGCCUGCGCAACGGGAGCUGGGCCAGGCCCACUGGGCAGGGGAGGCCCCUGGACCAGCCCAACACCGCGCUGCUGUCCCUGGUGCUCAUGGCCGGCACCUUCUUCAUCGCCUUCUUCCUGCGCAAGUUCAAGAACAGCCGCUUCUUCCCUGGCCGUGUGCGGCGGGUGAUUGGGGACUUUGGGGUGCCCAUCGCGAUCCUCAUCAUGGUGCUCGUGGAUUACAGUAUUGAGGACACCUACACCCAGAAACUGAGUGUGCCCAGUGGGUUCUCGGUGACGGCCCCAGAAAAACGGGGCUGGGUCAUCAAUCCCCUGGGGGAGAACAGUGCCUUCCCCGUGUGGAUGAUGGUCGCCAGCUUGCUGCCCGCCAUUCUGGUCUUCAUCCUCAUCUUCAUGGAGACGCAGAUCACCACGCUGAUCAUCUCCAAGAAGGAGCGCAUGCUGCAGAAGGGCUCCGGCUUCCACCUGGACUUGCUGCUCAUUGUGGCCAUGGGUGGCAUCUGUGCCCUCUUCGGCCUGCCCUGGCUGGCAGCGGCCACCGUGCGCUCCGUCACUCAUGCCAACGCGCUCACUGUCAUGAGCAAGGCCGUGGCGCCCGGGGACAAGCCCAAGAUCCAGGAGGUCAAGGAGCAGCGGGUGACAGGACUGUUGGUUGCCCUGCUCGUGGGCCUCUCCAUGGUUAUCGGGGACCUGCUCCGGCAGAUCCCCCUUGCUGUGCUCUUCGGGAUUUUCCUGUACAUGGGCGUCACUUCCCUCAACGGGAUCCAGUUCUACGAGCGGCUGCACUUGCUGCUCAUGCCGGCCAAACACCACCCGGACGUCACCUAUGUUAAGAAGGUUCGGACCCUCCGGAUGCACCUGUUCACGGCCCUGCAGCUGCUCUGCCUGGCGCUGCUCUGGGCUGUCAUGUCCACAGCAGCCUCCCUGGCCUUCCCCUUCAUCCUCAUCCUCACAGUGCCGCUCCGCAUGGCGGUGCUCACCCGCAUCUUCACGGAGCGAGAGAUGAAAUGUCUGGAUGCGAACGAGGCGGAGCCGGUGUUCGACGAGCGAGAGGGCGUGGACGAGUACAACGAGAUGCCGAUGCCCGUGUAGCCGGAGGACGGACGGACAGAGGGAACAGGGGCUGGGGCGCCCUCCCCACCCCGCCCUCGUUUUUAUUUAAAUGAAUAAUUUAAAGCCCCUUACACUCUCCUCCCCACCCUGUAGUAAAGUGCUUCGGCCCCCACCCGACCCCGCCUUCUGUCUCUGUGGGGUGAGAGGGCACGAAUGGGAAAGUGGGGCUCCCGGGCUCCCGAUCCCAGAAACGAGCUGCGUGGUGGGGCAGGAAAGGGCCUUUAAUGCAAAACCCAAACGAGGAAGCCAAAGUGCAAAUCGUCCACCCCCCAUAGGGGAGCCAUCCUGAACCCCCUGUGGCCCCUCACCCCCCUUCAGGCCCCCAGCGGAGGCCCA